AUUAACCAUCUUUUGUCGAAAAACUAUUGGAAACGAGAUGUAUUAAGUCGACCUAUUCGUGACUCAAGAAAACUAUACAAUAAAAUUGAUCAACAUAUGGAAAAAGAGGGCGAAAAUGCAGGAGACUCAUCCUCCUCCUCAGAAGAAAGCAAUGGAACUCAACAAGAACUUGAUGAAUCCCAAACAUCAAUGGGUCAAAGAUCUUCAGAGAUAAUUGAAAGCAUCACAACCCAUCCAUCACUCCCAAAUCAGCCUUUGCAACAACCAAUUAUUUCCCCUUCAAUUUACAAUUCAAGUACUAAGGCAAUGGAGUGGUCACAUGAUGAAAGGAUUCAAUCACACAAUCAUGAGCAAAACAAUGUUGUUGAACAAUUACUUCUGUCUCAAGUAAUAGAAGAACCCACUCAAGGAAGUGGAAAUUUGAUGAAAAAUAAUACCAUUAGAGCAUCCAAUGGCUACCAUCUUCCAACAUCAAAUCUUCCACCACAAUUCCGUUUGGAUUUCUCUUCUAUACAGAGUGAGCAAGGAAAUUGGAGUGGAUCGUCUUUGGCCGAUACAAAUUGGAUGAAUAGGCACCCUUUUCCUCAUACACAUGAGCCUACUAUAGAUUUAGGGCCACAUGGUUUUGGCUUCCAAGCACUGCUGAAUCAAGCUAUAGCAUCAGAUACUUGUCAUAUGAAUGAUCAUGAUAGGCCAAUUCAACAAAUGAAAACGAGUUUGCAAGAAGACCCAAAUCUCCAUUUUAUGGAUUGGAUGUCAUUAAAGGAAGGCAAUCAACAUCAAGAUAUUGGUCUUCCUAGUGCUUCUGGUUCAAGGUCCAAAUUUAUCAUGAACAAAUUGUACGAUCCAUCGUAUGAAGCCAUGGGAUUGCCAGUGGAUCCUCAUCUAAGAAUGUUUCAAGCAAAAUAUGGUAAUGCUGCAGAAAACAAGGAUAAGGAUAAUGAGGAACAUCGUUGAUUCGAGACCUUUUAAAAAUUAUAGUUUGUAUUGCUUAUUUAUAGAAACUUUCGAGCUUGUUGUGUGAAAAACUACAUUCAUGAUUUUGCUUUGUUUUAAUUUGUUUGAUGAUGAAUUACAACUUUGGUUUUAAUAA